AUGGAGGAGAAGUCUCUUCCAUGGUUCAACAACACGAAGGCAUCCGACGUCUUCCUGACGGUCAGUGGUCCAGCAUUAAGCAAUUAUGACCAACUCAAGCAUUGCAGCGUCCCUUUCCAAGUUCCUCCAAGUAGCACAGACGACAACAAAAUUGCGCCAGAGGCCACAGGCAUCAUCAGCAAUCCCGAGAGAGUAGCAGAUCAGACAUACGACUAUAUAAUCGCCGGAGGAGGUCUGACAGGUCUCACGCUCGCUGCCAAGCCUCUCGACCAUCCGGACAAGUUCAACGUUCUGGUGAUUGAGAGCGGAUACUACGGGUCUGAAUACGGUCCCAUCAUCGACGAUUUGAACGCAUAUGGUGAGAUCUUUGGCAGCAGCGUUGACCAUGCCUAUGAGACCAGCCCCCAGAUCCACCAGCGGGUUGAGAUCAUUCGGUCCGGCAAUGGCCUCGGAGGGUCCACUCUUAUCAACGGCGGAACUUGGACACGUCCACACAGAGAUCAGAUCGAUUCCUGGGAACAUGUCUUUGGAAAUACUGACUGGAACUGGGACAACCUGAAAAAAUACAUGGACGAGAUUGAGAAGCCUCGAGAUCCAACGAAGGACAAGGAUGUGACCGAAGGCCAUCACCACCCUUAUGACCGGAGCUGCCAUAACUCCAAGCCUGACGAGGGCAAGGUAGAGGUUGGCGCGCGAGAUCGAAAGACCAAUUGGUCGCCACUUAUCUUUGCGCUAAUGCAAACUGUCAAUGACACCACUGGCGCGCCAUAUCAGCAGGACCUCUGCUGCGGUAUUCCGCACGGCGUGUCUAUGUUCCUCAACACCCUGACCAAGGGGCAGGUCCGCACGGAUGCUGCGCGGUCGUGGCUGGAGCCCGUGCUCAAGGACAACUCGACAAAAGCCCGCAUUACCGUCCUGACCGGCCAGCUUGUGGGCAGAGUCAAUCUCGAGCCAACUGAGAAGGAUGACCCAAAGUACAAAGCGACGGGUGUUGAAUUUUCGGCACCCACCGCAAGAAGGGCUGGAGGUUCAACGUCAGGGCGAAGCACGAGGUUCUCCUCGCUGCUGGAUCGACUAUCUCCCCUCUGA